CUGGGUCUUUUUCAGUUCACGCAACUCUCACAUCUGCAACAGCACAUUCGUACGCAUACCGGCGAAAAACCAUACAAAUGCAAAUAUACAGGUUGUGAAAAAGCAUUUUCACAACUCAGCAAUCUUCAAUCGCACUCACGAUGUCAUCAGACGGAUAAGCCAUUCAAGUGUAAUAGGUAUGUGUCGUACGUUCUUCUGAUUCCUAGCUGCGAGAGUGAGAGAAGUUAUGUCUCCAACUGCUAUAAAUGCUUUUCGGAUGAGCAGAGCUUACUGGAACAUAUACCGAAGCAUAAGGAAUCGAAACAUUUGAAGGUGCAUAUCUGUCCGUUCUGUGGAAAGUCGUACACACAGGCCACGUACUUACAAAAACAUAUGACAAAACAUGCUGAUCGGACGCGAGCGAACCCAUUAGGAGGGUGA